AUGCAGCCCCACCCUGUAUCCGUGGUGAAGCCAGCUCCACCAGCAGCAGCAGCAGCACCACCACCACCAGCAGCAGCACCACCACCACCACCACCACCACCACCACCACCACCACCACCACCACCGCCACCACCACCACCGCCACCGCCAGCAGCAGCGGCAUCGCCACCAAUACUAGCAGCAGCAGCAGCGCUAUCAGCGGCAGCAGCAGCGCAGGGCAAGGGGGGGAAGCCCCAGCGCCCCCGCUCCUCCCCUCCUCCCUGCUCCUCCCUUCUGCUUCACUCCCCUCCACUCGCCUCUCCUCCCCUCUCCUCUGCUCUUCUCCCCCUUCCACCCCUCUGUUCACCUCUCCUCUCUGCUCUCCACUGCUUCUAUCCUCCCCCCUCCCUUUCCCACUGCUUUCCGCCCCCUCUUGCUCCACCCCAUCUCCCCUCCUCUCAACCUUACCCACCUCGCUCUCCUUCUCUCCCACCCCUUCUCGCCCUUCUUCCCUCCCCAACCCUCCGAUUUUCUCACGCCGUAGCGCCCACCCUUCAACCCUCCCUCCCUCUCUACCCCCAUCCACGUCUUUCCCCCCAUCCCCGCCUGUCCUAG